AUGGAUAUGGAUUCAGAGAUUCAAGAGUUUCAAAAGCAACACACUCCAUCCUUGAUUGGUGAUUCAGUGAGACAAUCUUCUGACAUCCCCACGGUGACUUCUCUCAAUGAAAAAAGCGCAAGACCCCUUUAUAUGGGCACCGAUUCUGCAGUUGAUUUGGUCCCGGUGGAAGAAAUCCGUGCUGAGGGUGCUUUAGUUGCUGACGAAGAUGAUCAGUUAAAGGAUGUUCUUGAUGAAAGCGGUCAUGUCGUUGAAGCGGCUAUCCCCGAUAACAUCAGGUUGAAGAGCGCAGAACCGUCCAAAUCUUCUCUCAUUGAUCAGGAUGAAUUAAACCAAUAUAAGAAAAACAAGCUUUCAAGUGAUGAGUCCAAAGUCACCAUACUGGGUGGCGAUGCAGGUACUUUCAUUGCACCAGCCAGUGGCAAAGGAAGCUCUCAUAAGUAUCCCACCAAACAGAAGAAGGGUUCUAGUGAAUCAAACAAUCACGGGGAGUUAAUUGAAUCUGAAAACACACGAAGUGUCGACGACAUUAUCAAUGUUGUUGGAAAGGGUGAUUUUGAAAAGGCUAGUACUUUAGUUGGUGAUAAAGCUGCAGAGACUCUUUCUACUCGUAUUAAAGAGUUGUCCAUCGAUGACAUGAAAAAAGCCUCGGUAUCAUCUAUUUCUAUGUCUUCCCAUGAACAAGAUCCCGAAUACACUGCUCCAGCUGCUAUGAGGGAUGGUUCUGAAUCCAGAUGUAUGAGUGAAGCAAGGUCUUCGUCUUCCUUCAGCAGGCCACCUAUUUCCAGAUAUAACUCCUCAUCUAGACCUAAUUUGGCAAGGGGCGACUCUAUUCACAGUGGUUUAAAUGGAGAAAAUGCCCUCACAAACACUUUUGAUGAAACAUCGAACUCACUGGUUUCUGAAAGACGUCCAAGGCAUGAUCCAAGUAACCCAAGAGUGUCAAACCAAUCUUCAAUUAAUUACCUACGCUCCAUAUCCAGAUCUCGUUCUAGAGUGAGAAAUGAUCGUAAGGCAUUAGGAGAGGAGGUCCUUGAUAGUAAUAGUUUGAGGGCCAGCGGUGCUUUAAUUAACGACGAUGAAAUGUCAAAUGCUCCUGAUAUUGACUACGCAGUCAAAACUGCAUUGGAUUUUGUUGAAGAUACACAUGCAACUAAAGGUGGUAAUAAACCCUCAGGCACAGGUGACAUUGUUAGAGAUCUACAGCAAGGCUUGGCAGAAGUUGCAGAAGAGGAGGAUGCGAGCAAUCGCACGCAAGUAGAUGAUUUAUUAGAUCAACUGGCCAACUCAGCCAAGGAGUUGAUGAUCGGUGAAGUAUCAGAUAAAGAAGACAUAGAGAUUGGUGCUACCAAAGAUGAAGUACCUGAAUCUAGAGAUGAAAGUGUUCAUUCCAACGGUCUCACCAAACCAGGAGUUCAGAAUGACGAACAAAAAGAUAAAUUGGAUGAUUUGAUGGAAACCUUGAAAUCAGAGAUUAUUGAUCUUCCAGAGUGGGAAGAGAAAGGAGAAGAAGAAACGAAGGAAGAAAAGGAAGAAAAGGAGGAAGAAGAAAAGGAGGAAAAGGAAAAAAGCAACUCAGGAGCUAUAGAACAAGAAAAAGAUUCAAACAGCAAAGAAACUAUGACAAAUGAAAGUGUGGAAGUUGCUGGUCAAAAAUUAAAAGAAGAAGAAGAUCUUAAGCGAGAAAUAACUGCGCCAGAUAGGCUAGUUGACAAUAUAGACGCUUUUGGUAGUCAAUAUGAAGCUUCAGACUUUGAUAUAGAGAUCACUGAGCAUAAUACCGCCUCGGAGUCGCCUCUAGAAGAAGGAAUAUCCUUGGCUGAAGAGAAUGCACCGAAAGAAGGAUUAUUGAAGCCAAAAGAAAACGAGUCAAUGCAUAAUGAAGGUAAUAUAGGUGAAAUAGGAAGAAGCACUGAAACUCAAGUUGAAAAUGCCCACUGCGAAGAGGAGGGAACUCAAAAAGAUGAUGAGCAUGACGAAGAGGAGGAAACUCAAAAAGAUGAUGAGCUUGAACAAGCAGAAAAGGUAAUGUGUAAUUCGAAGAGUUUGGGUGAAGAUUCGGACUUUCCAGAAAGUAAAAAGAACUUGAAAAACGAUGAAGGGACAGAGGAAAACAUCAUUGAAGAAAAAGAUGAUGACAAGGAAAUCGAGAGUCAAAAUGAGACACCUAUAGAGGUGGAUACAUCUAGGACUGAAACUGAUAACUUCUCACAAUUGCCAGUACCUGAAUCAAGUGAGGACAACCAAGAAGAAAAUAUUGUCCAAAUAAACCCUGCAGAUAAAAGCAACGAAGAGACGAACACGCACCCUGACGAUGAAGAUGAUAUUGAUGCAUUAAUUGCCGCCGCUGCUAGAGAGAAGGCAAUGCAAGACUCUCAUAAUAAUCCUAUGGGCGCUGAUGGCUCGGUUUACGUUCCUAAAGCUGCUAAGAUGACCUUUGAAGAUGAACCUGUGUACUUGCUCACAUCUUUUGCAGGCGGGUUUCAUGUUACGACUCGUACCAACCGUUUAGUUACGAUUUUAACUGCCAAUAGGAUUAAGUUUGAAUAUCGUGAUCUAGGUACUGACGAGGAAGCAAAAAAGGUGUGGAGGCGUUAUUCAGGAGGCAAGACGUUACCUGGUAUAGUCAGAGGAAAAGAUGAUUAUAUUGGGAACUGGGAAGACAUAGAAGAGGCCAACGAAGAUUACAGAGUCAGGAGCAUGAUUUAUGAAUCCUAUUGA